CGGGAGCGCGCGGGGAGUGACGUGCACGGGAGGAGGGGACACAGGGCGAUAAGGAAGCGCAGAUGCCUGAAGGAACUCUCGCCUGGUAUCUCCUUUUGUAUUGUCUAUGGACGUGAUCAUGGUUGACCGGUCCUAGAAGCAGACAGGUCUCUUCCGCUUGUGGCCGGGGGCUGGCUGUGAUGGUUACGUUCGGGUGCUGACACCACUGUGGGCUGCACGUUGGGCUACAUUCUGCCGCUCCGGCUCCCAAGGACGACGGACGGAUCAAUACAACCUCGGGGAAAUACAUAUACGUUUUGCUUUCUUUUCUUUGCACCUUUCCAGCUGGGUGACUGUUGUUCAGUGAAGGGAAGUCAUGUCGGGGAGCCGGGAAGAGGAGCGCCGCAAACUGGCCGACAUAAUUAACCACUGGAACGCCAACCGGCUGGACCUGUUCGAAAUUAGCCAACCCACCGAGGACUUGGAGUUCCAUGGCGUUAUGAGGUUUUACUUCCAAGACAAAGCAGCAGGAAACUUUGCUACAAAAUGCAUCAGAGUGUCAAGCACCGCCACAACGCAAGAUGUCAUAGAAACCUUAGCAGAAAAGUUUCGGCCUGACAUGAGAAUGUUAUCCUCUCCUCGCUACUCUUUGUAUGAAGUUCAUGUCAGCGGGGAAGAAAGAAGACUUGAUGUUGAUGAGAAGCCUUUGGUGGUUCAGCUUAACUGGAAUAAGGAUGACAGGGAAGGAAGAUUUGUGCUCAAGAAUGAAAAUGACCUGAUGCCUCCAAAGAAGACUCAGAGUAAUGGACCUGAAAAGCAGGAAAAGGAAGGUGUAAUACAGAAUUUCAAGAGGACCCUUUCUAAAAAAGAAAAGCGAGAAAAAAAGAGACGUGAAAAAGAAGCAAUAAAAUUAGCUGUGGAUAGCGAAGAUGGUCAGCAGUUCAAGGAUGACUUCGAGAACUCCCACUUUGCUGCUGAAGUUUACAAAGAUAUGCCAGAAACUAGUUUUACACGUACCAUAUCCAAUCCAGAAGUAGUGAUGAAAAGGAGGAGGCAGCAGAAGCUAGAAAAGAGAAUGCAGGAGUUUCGAAGCUCUGAUGGUCGACCAGACUCUGGUGGUACCUUACGAAUUUAUGCUGACAGUUUAAAACCCAACAUUCCAUAUAAAACCAUCCUGUUGUCCACAAAUGAUACAGCAGAUUUUGCUGUUAUUGAAGCAUUGGAAAAGUAUGGGAUGGAGAAGGAAAAUUCUAGCGAGUUCUGCGUUGCCAAGAUAGUGUUACCUUCUGGUACUCAACAUUCUGAUAAAGCUAUGAAAGAAACUAUACUAGAAGAUGAGGAGUGUCCUUUACAGAUAUUCCGGGACUGGCCAAGUGAUAAAGGGGAGCUUGUUUUUCAGUUGAAAAGGAGACCCAUAGACUACCUCUCAAAGAAGAACAGGAGAACAGAAGGAAAGGUUUCAAAGAGCAAGGAAAGAUUGGACACCUAUGGCUAUUCGCUUUCUCCAGACAAGCUACCUUAUCUGGUUGAAUUAAGUCCAGAUGGGUCAGACUCCAGAGAUAAGCCAAAACUUUAUCGACUUCAGCUGAGUGUCACCGAAGUUGGAACUGAGAAGCUGGAUGAGAAUUCAGUACAGUUGUUUGCACCAGGCAUACAGCCCCAUCACUGUGACCUUACAAAUAUGGAUGGUGUAGUGACUGUUACUCCAAGAAGUGUUGAUUCGGAUAUAUAUGUUGAUGGUCAGUGCAUCUCUGAAACCACAAUGUUACACAGCGGAAUGAAAGUGCAGUUUGGGUCAUCACAUGUGUUUAAAUUUGUGGAUCCCAGUUAUGAUCAGUCAGUGGAUAAAAGACCUUCAGAUACUGGACAAAUUGCUAGAGGACAAAGGAAUAAGUCUGGAGCUCAUGAAACGACGUUUGGAAUGGAAGAAGAGGGAUUAAGUGGACCAUUACUGCAAUCAAAUAAGAUGACCACUAAAGUGGAUAGUGAUAGGAUGCCAGGCACAACAGAACAUGGCAUGGUAAAACCAAUCAUCCGGCAAGAUAAGCUACAUGAAGGACUGAAUGGAAGAACUCAAAAGUCACAUGGAUCAGAUCAUGUAUUGCCUGCAAGUAUUGAGUUUAGAGAAAAUUUGGAAGACUCCUUCCUCUCUGCUAUUAUUAACUAUACCAAUAGUUCAACAGUGCACUUCAAACUAUCACCAACAUAUGUGUUGUAUAUGACCUGCCGGUAUGUAUUGUCUAAUCAGUACAGGCCAGACUUCAAUCCUGCUGAACGUACUCACAAGGUGAUUGCCACUGUAAACAAGAUGGUUAGCAUGAUGGAAGGCGUUAUACAGGAAGUAGACCAGGGUGACCAGAAGCAAAAAAAUAUUGCUGGAGCUCUCGCUUUCUGGAUGGCAAAUGCAUCAGAGUUACUUAAUUUUAUAAAGCAAGACAGAGAUCUCAGUCGAAUCACAUUAGAUGCUCAAGAUGUGUUGGCCCACUUGGUUCAGAUGGCAUUCAAAUAUUUGGUGCAUUGUUUGCAGUUGGAACUGAGCAACUACAUGUCUACAUUUUUAGAUGAUCCAGAAGAAAACCACUCUCAAAGACCUAACAUAGAUGAAGUUCUGCAUACUUUGACAGGAGCAAUGUCUCUUUUGAGGCGUUGUCGAGUAAAUGCGGCCCUAACUAUACAGCUUUUCUCUCAGCUAUUCCACUUCAUCAAUAUGUGGCUAUUUAACCGGCUGGUCACUGACCCCAACUCUGGCUUGUGUUCGCACUACUGGGGAGCCAUAAUUCGUCAGCAACUAGCUCAUAUAGAGGCAUGGGCAGAAAAGCAAGGUUUGGAGCUAGCUGCUGACUGUCACCUUAGCAGAAUAGUUCAGGCAACAACUCUUCUCACCAUGGACAAGUACACUCCUCAAGAUAUCCCCAACAUUAACAGUACCUGCUUUAAACUGAACUCCUUGCAACUGCAGGCUCUUUUGACAAAUUAUCACUGUGCCCCAGAUGAACCUUUUAUUCCUACGGAGCUAAUAGAGCAUGUCAGAUCAGUAGCUGAAAAUACUGCUGAUGAAUUGGCUCGCAGUGAUGGACGAGAAGUUCAGUUGGAGGAAGAUCCAGACCUACAGCUGCCUUUCCUGUUGCCUGAAGAUGGUUAUUCUUGUGAUGUAGUUCGAAACAUUCCUAAUGGUUUGCAGGAAUUUUUGGAACCACUGUGUCAAAGAGGUUACUGUAGACUUCUCCCUCAUCCUCGUUCACCUGGGACUUGGACAAUUUACUUUGAAAGUUCUGACUGUGACACUCACCUCCUGACUGAAAACACAGACAUGCUGUUAAGAAAAGACCCUGAAAUGAUCACUGUGACUUUAAAGAAACAAAACGGCAUGGGAUUAAGCAUUGUAGCAGCAAAGGGUGCAGGACAAGAGAAGCUUGGUAUCUAUAUAAAAUCAGUUGUGAAAGGAGGAGCUGCAGAAGUGGAUGGGCGUCUAGCAGCAGGAGACCAGCUUCUUAGUGUGGAUGGAAGAAGUUUGGUAGGACUGUCUCAAGAACGGGCUGCUGAACUUAUGACGAGAACGGGUUCAGUCGUCACCCUUGAAGUAGCAAAACAAGGAGCAAUAUACCAUGGUCUAGCAACACUGCUAAAUCAGCCAUCUCCAUUGAUGCAAAGAGAUCGUCGUGGCUCAGGAAAACCUCGACCUAAAAGUGAGGGUUUUGAGCUUUACAACAACAAUGGUCAGAACGGGUCACCUGAAAGUCCCCAAAUUCCUUGGCCAGAAUACUCCGAACCAAAGAAACUGCCAGGGGAUGAUCGACUGAUGAAGAACCGUGCUGAUCAUCGUUCCAGUCCCAAUGUAGCAAAUCAACCUCAAAGUCCAGGAGCUAAAAUUGCUUAUGACAGUACAGCACCAGUGAAGUUCACUUCAGUCUCUACUGGAAAUUUGUGUAUGGAGGAACUACAGCUGCCGUCAAGACCAGAGGCCUAUCCAAUUCCGACACAGACAUAUACAAGAGAAUAUUUUACUUUUCCAAACCCCAAAUGUCAAGAUAGAAUAACUCCUGCACCAGGUCAAUGGCCAGAUUUUGAAGAGAAAGCACAUGACCAAGUUGGAAAUGACCACUCUAGCAAUGCUUCCAUUCAGCGAGUUGCACGUUCCCAAGAGGAGUUAGGAGAUGAACUUGAAUUUCAAUCAGAACGUGGUCAUAUGGAGCCUGUGAUACGUAAAGAUUUGGAAUUUUUAGAAGGAAAGAUAGAUAAUAAAGAUGCUUGGAUGAGUCAUACCUCUACUAUGGAAUCUAGUACAUCCAGCCAAGAACAUCUAAACAGUUCUCUGCAAACAUAUUCUUCCACCUCAUCAUUAAACAAAACUGGUCCUGGGCGUUGGAAAACUCCAGUUCCAUCUCAGUCUGCUCCAGUUGCUGGUUCACAGCCUGUUAGAACAGAUGUUACACUACCACCACCACCACCACCACCUCCUCAUUAUGGAAAUGAAUUUGAGAAUUUUGAGGGUGUUCCUGUGCCACCACUAUCACAAACUCAGGUGAGCUCUCAAUUAAACUCACAAGCUGCUGCAUUAGAGAGGAAAAAAAGAGAAGAACACCAGAGAUGGUAUGAGAAGGAAAAAGCCCGUCUUGAAGAAGAAAGAGAAAGGAAAAGACGAGAACAAGAGAGAAAACUUGGAAAAGUGCAGACCCAGCCUAUCGCCCCGCCUCAGGGUGUUAUUCCACAAUCUUCAGUACCAGUACCACCUCCAAAUAUAACACACCCAAAACCAGAGAAACCUGCAAUUUUUUCACGUCCUCAAGAAACCGUUAUUCGGGAGUUGCAGCCUCAACAGCAGCCACGCACAAUAGAAAGACGAGACCUUCAGUAUAUUACUAUCAGCAAAGAGGAACUUUCUUCCACUGACAGCCUUUCUCCUGAUCCAUGGAAACGGGAUGCCAAGGAGAAGUUGGAAAAGCAGCAACAAAUGCACAUUGUAGAUAUGCUCAGCAAGGAAAUCAAUGAGCUACAAAACAAAUCAGAGCGUUCUGUUGAAGAGAAUGAUAGGCUACGCAAAUUAAUGCUAGAGUGGCAAUUCCAGAAGAGGCUUCAAGAGUCCAAGCAGAAAGAUGAGGAUGAUGACGAGGAUGAAGAUGAUGAUGAUGAUAUGGACGCCAUACUUGUUAUGCAGCGCCUGGAAGCAGAAAGAAAAGCAAGGUUACAGGAUGAAGAAAGGAGGCGGCAACAGCAAUUAGAAGAAUUUCGUAAACGAGAAGUUGAAGAGCGCAUGAGACAAGAAGAGCAACGAAGGCAUCAAGAGGAGGAGCGGACAAAGCGAGAAGCUGAAGAAAAGCAGAGGAGGCAAGAAGAAGAGUAUUACAAUCGCUUGGAAGCAGAGAGGCGCAGGCAAAAUGAGGAAGCAGAACGAAGAUUACUAGGACCUGAAGAGCCUGGUCUGUACAGACCUCCACUUCCACGGGAAUAUGAACACACAUACCCACCCCUCCUGUCUAACGCUCCACCUCCCCCUCCUCAGCGAAACACUUCCUACCUCAAAACACAGACCCUUUCACCUGACACCGUUUACACUGCCAAGUUUGUUGCAUAUACUGAUGAUGAGGAAGACACUAACCUAGCAGGUCAGGAUAAGUACUCCAGCACAAGAAAGUCUUAUGGUAACCUCCUUCCAACUACAUCUAAGCCACAGCUGCCUGCUGCACGCCCACCUCGCCCUGUGUCCGAUGGCAUUUUUCUUUCAAAGUCAUUACAGCCAACUUCAGCCAAUUCCAACAGUACUGGUAGAAAAGCAGACCUGUCCCCUCCCAUAUCAGGUCAUCCAAGUUUUCUCCAACAAAGCAUCUCCAAAGGUGUGGUACUUGGAAACACUGAAAAGGAUUUAAGAGACAAAAGAUUGAAAAGUCAGGAAGGUGAUACUGGUGGAGCCCCAGAAAGCUUAACUUUUAAGGAACGUCAGCGUCUUUUCUCCCAGGGCCAAGAUGUUUCAAACAAAGUAAAAGCCUCCCGCAAACUAAUGGAGCUGGAGAAUGAACUAAAUACAAAAUAAUACUGUAUUUUGUCACUGACAGGCAUUUUAUGAGUUUAUAGUAUGAACAUUUUUCUUAAUGAUAGAUCUUUCGGGGAGAGAGGUUCAUGGUUAAAGGUGUGUAAAGGGGAGAAAUAUAUUUUUUCUGUAAAGAACAAUUUUAUGAUUCAUUUAUUCAACUAUUCAUGUGGUAUUUAGAAAUAAUGCAAUAAUAAAAAGCAUUUUUUCCAAUUCUUAAAAUUGUGAAAAUUAAGAUACUUAUAGAUCUAUAUACACAUACAUACAUAGAUGUGUCCUUGCUUACCUUUUCUUUUGGUCCCAGAUAUCCAGAGAAGAGUGGCAUGAGACGAGCCCAUUUUUUUUUUCUUCUGGCUGGUUAUCUCACACCAAUCAUCUCAUGAUAUCUCUAACCAAGAGGAGUAUAUUAAAUCGGAUUGUAAUUGCCACAUGGAAACAACUGUUUUGCUAAAUAUUACUGCAUCUUUGUAUGGUAAAUGAUUUCGGAUAACUGUUUCUCCUUGUUAAUAAGCUACAGAGGAAAAAUAUCUAAAACCUGAAGUCUUGAUAAAUUCUCCCAUACCUCUAGUUAUGGAUUUUACCUUAGUGGUGUAUACGUACAUAAAUAAUGCAAUUAUGACACAAUAAGUAGGCUAUAUGAUAACUCUAAAUUUCACUUUUUUUUUUUUUUUUAAAUAACACUAAGUACCAGGGGUCUAGGGCUUUUGUUUUGAUUUUUCUUUUGUUAAAUAUGCUCAGAACCUGAGAGCAGAAAGUAAGAUAUAUUUUCAUAUGUUGCACAAAUGAAAUGGUUAUUGAUAAGUGUGCUAUACACAUUAUACUAUUAGAAAAUAUGGGGUUCAGUGAAUAUCCUAUUGCUGUUCCAAAAAUUAAAGAAAUCACAUUUUGGAGAUUGUGUUUAUGGAAGCAAUUUAAAUAAAUCUUUGAUUAUGUUAGUCACUGACAUUUUGUAAAUUUAAAUAACCUGGACAUCCAUCAUGUAAAAUGUAAAACAGUUAAUGAUAAUUAAAAUGGAUAUAUGGAUUGUAGGUCAGCUGGUUUGUUUUGCUGUUCUCAUUGGAAUUGUUUUGCAUCAUGUUUGACUUCCUUCGAAAAACUUAAAAAAACAAACAAAACACACAACUUGUCAGAUUAAGUGUUAAUUAUUGCUGUGGGUAUCCACUCACACUUAACUUUUUGCUCUUAGUAAUACUCUUGCAACACUAGCCGAAAUCUGUUACUAUUGUAGAGAUGUUCUUGAAAUAAUUCCUCUGCACUCACAGACACAAGUGAUGCUUCAAAAUGGUUUAAUUUGAAAGUGGACAGAAGAUAUAUAAUUAACAUUUUCAAAAACAUCUGUCCCCAGUGUGGAAUAUGGAAUCAUUGGCAUUUGUGCUAUAUACUGCAUGACGUCAUGACUGAGUCGAUACUGGAUUGCAGUACACCGCACCACUGUUUCCACGUCAGUGACAGAUGCUCUUGAUAAAGGUCUGUUGCUGAUAAAAUAAACACAAAUGAACAUUUAUCUCCUGUCCAUAUUCAAUUUGUCAGAAUAAAGUCAUCUUGAAGCAUUCUUUAUCUUUCAGUACAGUGGGAUUCUUUUGAGUGCUUGGAACCACUAAGCUUUCCACCUACUACAGUACAGUUGUGCAGACUUUACUGUACUUUCUAUAUUGAAGUACAAAUAAAUCUGUUGUACACAAAACAUGUCACAGUAUUCUAACACUGUUGACAUCUCCAUUGUGGUUUACACUACAUCCUAGAAUUCAUACAGAAUAUUUAGAAGUUAUCCAGCCUCAGGACCAAUACUGUUUAGCCAUUCACUACAGAAAUUUAGUUUAAAGGGAGUCUGUCAGGUAGUUUUCACUAAUCUAACUACAAGCACACAGCAGGGAAGUGCUGCAUCAUCAUGAUGUCAAUCCAGAGAGGAGGAAGCAAUCGGAGCUUAGGGGAGGAACACACAGCAGAGAAGGGUGGUGAGGUUGGGCACUUUCAAAAGCAAAGCCAGUCCCACUGGGCACUUGCGUGCCGUUUUUCAUAGGAUUAAAAGCUCUUUUCCUGGACAUUCAAUAAAGAGUCAAAAUGAUAUAAAAGUAUGUUUAGCAGGCUUGUACAACUUUAGGAUUGCUGGUAGUUAGUGAAAACUGCCUGACAGACUCGUUUUAAGUCUAAUAGCAAAAAUUUGUAUUGUUGACAUUACAAUUUAUAGAAAUACCAUAAUAGUAGUAGUAAUCAUAAGCUGUAUGCGUAAUUGGUUUUCUAAUACAAGAAAAUAUCCAACUGGUUGGAUAAAACGUACUGAACUCUGUUACCAUGAGAGAUCAGCUCCAUGUAAGCCAUAAGUCAGGAUACCAAUGAUACAUAAUGAGAUCCAUUUUUCUCAAAUUUAGUUAAAUUGCAUAUUUUAUUGUGUAUAGCAGUGGUCACCUCACAUGACUUGUGAUUCAUUGGUUAAAAGUCCUGCAAGUUGUAGUAUGCAUUCACAUCACGAAAAAUACUAAGAUGUGAUCAUGUUAGAACUCCAAGUCUAGUCAACUGCAAUAAAACUAUACAUGAAGUGUUAUUUGGGUAGAAGUAUGGUAAGCAUAGCACAUCCACAUCACACUGUACUUUUUGACAGUUUGUGCAUAAAGGGGUUGUCUGGAUUCACCUUUAAUAAAGAAUAGAUAAUUACCUGAGAUCCUGCAUCGGUUCUGCCAUCCAGGCUCUGUUUACUUUGAGACAGUGGUGAUGUCACAUCAACAACAGGUGGCUGCUGCAGCCAACCACUGGGCUGAAGUGACUGGCUGCAGUGGUUACAUGUUGUCGACUUGAUGGCACCACUGUAGGCAGGAAAACACAGGCCCGCCAGGAGAACCGGAGCAGUUGCAAAUAAUUCUUUUUUUUGUUGCUUCUUGAAACCGGACAACCACUUUAAUGUAUACAACAUCUUCUUCUUUUUUUUUUUAUUUAUUUAUUUUUUUAUGCAUACUACUGAUUUUGCACUAAAAAUCUUUUCUUCAUUUGGUCUUUAUUAAACAAUUUCAACAUCUUUUCCUCUACAGUUUUCAGUUUCACUGUAUCUGCAGAUUGUUGCAUCUCCUCUGUGAAUCUGUCUCAUAGCUGCUCUAAUGGCUUGAUCGGUAGCCCUUAUCUCCAGUUCAACAGCUGAUAAACAUUGUUAAGCCAUAUUCUUGUCAAACUGAUAAGAAUAUGGCUGGAAUGAGUGUUUAUGAGCUGUCAGCAAACUAGAGAUCAGGGCUGUGAGCCAUCAGAACAGCUGUCUGGAUUCACUAAAAAGGAGAAGCACGAUCUGUCAAUGCAGUGAAACUGAAAACUGUUGAAAAUGUUUAAUAAAGGUCAAUUUUCAAUCUUUAGCCCAGAAUAAUUAAAAUGCAGUAAUAAAAAAAUGUUUAUUGAAGACGAGGAGGCUGUCUGCAUUCGGAACAACGUCUAUUUCAUAUAAUGUCAUGUAUGUUGUUGCUAAAGCACAAUUUUGGUCUUAACAUGAGUGCUGGUUUGCACGAGUGCUAAAAUGGGAAUAAUUUUUAUCAUGUUUCUUUUCUGGUAAGAAAAUAUAAGUCACUUUAACAUGACAGUAUUUUCGGUCAAUAUUUAUUGCAGAAUGUUUUUUAGGUUUACAAAUACUGGUAGAAAAUACUAAUGGAAAAUAUUGACCAAAAUUGCGUAUGAAUGCAUCGGUUCUGCCUGAGGACAUAAUCAGGCAAAGUAUAAUUUUGCUUGUUGCAGUGUACUUAAAGGUGAUUAUAAAUGAAGAAUAUAUUUUAUUGCUGUAUAAAGGCUUGUUUCUAAGCGAAAACAACAUUCAAACAUUUGAAGCAUAUAUUUGCAUCACUUAUCUUUGGCAUACACCAUGCUUUUCAUAAAUGUUCCUUAUUAAUGAAAAAUGUCAACUGCUGUAAUUUCCAAUUUCUACUGUAUUUUACUUGCAAACUGUUUUAAUAAAGUUUGUAUGUAACUA